GCAUGCUUUAGCAGAUUGGUUAAAAAAAAAGAAACGCGCACGCGCAAUUUACACGCGUAAGAUCCACGCUCCACUUUUCGUUGACUACUCUACACUUGUCCAGGGGAAAAGAUGAUGUUUCUCCCGAAAGUUGAAAAUUUUGGGGAUCAGAUGGAAGAACGCGAAAAUCGACGGCCAAUACCUACAGAAGCGCCGCCGCUACACCCGUUCGUCGCGCCGUUAUCUUAUCUCUUGGGAACGUGGAGAGGGAAAGGCGAAGGUCAUUAUCCAACCAUACCUUCCUUCCGCUACGGCGAAGAGCUCCGUUUCUCACAUUCCGGCAAGCCGGUGAUUGCGUAUACGCAGAAGACAUGGAAGUUGGAAUCAGGAGAGCCGAUGCACGCAGAGAGCGGCUUCUUUCGGCCGAAGCCGGACGGUACCAUUGAAGUCGUCAUAGCUCAGAGCACAGGUCUCGUCGAGGUCCAGAACGGAACGUACAAUAUAGAUGAGCGAUCGAUCACACUCAAAAGUGAGCUUGUGGGAAACGCAUCCAAGGUGGAGGAGAUAAGCAGAGCGUUUGCAUUGGCUAAUGGAAAACUAGUGUACGUGCUUCAUAUGAGUACAACCACAAACCCUCUUCAACCACAUCUUAAAGCCAUACUCGAGAAGCUUUGAAACCUGCAAUUCUCACUACCGAUGAAGCGAUGAACACUUCUCCUGUGCAAACCCGCUGUUUAAUAACAUUUUGAUACUCUUUGUAAGCGAUUUCGUUGGGUCACCAACGUACCUUGUAACCAGAAUCAAGAAGGAGAAGCUGAUAAUUUGAUUUGAGGGAGUUAAAAUGGGCCUUUCAAUAACAAAGUCAAAAUACCCAUUUUGAUGUCCGUCUUAUAUGUGAAGGCCCAAAGUGAUUUGAGUCCAUUUGGGUCAAGAUUAACAUCUGCAGAUUUCACAGAAUUAGCCCUUUAAUUGUUUUCUCUUACACUAUUGUAUCCUUCAUUUUGGAAAUUAUAAUAUGCACACCAACUCUUAUUGUGUUAUGUUGAUGCAAAAGUCAACAAAAUUAAGUAAGACUAAAUCGAUAUAUAUAUAUAUAUGCAUUAUAGACUAAAUCGAUAUAUAUAUAUAUGCAUUAUAUAUGUUAAAUAAAUACUUGUAG